AUCUCAACUGCUAUUAAAUGUUCAAUGUUUCUUCAAAAAGGGAAUAGUGUUAACAUAUUAACACAAGAGUUGAGUUCACGUUACAGGGUUAACCCUGAGGGACAAAUCAAGAGUUUAUUUCCAAAAUGCUAUAUAUAACAGCAAUGUUGGUUAAUUAGCUUUUAUUGUUUGAAGAACUUAUGAAUGAGAUUAGUGGAAAAACACACCAUCUAAUCAUGGCAUGGGGUUGUUCAAUGACAGACAUGUCUUUUUAAAAAAAAAAUCAUCUGUCACUUGAUGGUUUCAUUACAGAGACAAAUAAUCAUGUUUUUUGCUAAACGCUAUAUAUCCGCCUCACGCUCAGAGAAAUCAGUAGUACUGCUAGGUUUUACACAGUAAUAAUAUAUAUCCGCCUCACUCUCAGAGAAAUCAGUAGUACUGCUAGGUUUUACACAGUAAUAAUAUAUAUCCGCCUCACUCUCAGAGAAAUCAGUAGUACUGCUAGGUUUUACACAGUAAUAAUAUAUAUCCGCCUCACUCUCAGAGAAAUCAGUAGUACUGCUAGGUUUUACACAGUAAUAAUAUAUAUCCGCCUCACUCUCAGAGAAAUCAGUAGUACUGCUAGGUUUUACACAGUAAUAAUAUAUAUCCGCCUCACGCUCAGAGAAAUCAGUAGUACUGAUAGGUUUUACACAGUAAUGAUAUAUAUCCGCCUCACGGUCAGAGAAAUCAGUAGUACUGCUAGGUUUUACACAGUAAUAAUAUAUAUCCGCCUCACUCUCAGAGAAAUCAGUAGUACUGCUAGGUUUUACACAGUAAUAAUAUAUAUCCGCCUCACUCUCAGAGAAAUCAGUAGUACUGCUAGGUUUUACACAGUAAUAAUAUAUAUCCGCCUCACUCUCAGAGAAAUCAGUAGUACUGCUAGGUUUUACACAGUAAUAAUAUAUAUCCGCCUCACUCUCAGAGAAAUCAGUAGUACUGCUAGGUUUUACACAGUAAUAAUAUAUAUCCGCCUCACUCUCAGAGAAAUCAGUAGUACUGCUAGGAUUUACACAGUAAUAAUAUAUAUCCGCCUCACUCUCAGAGAAAUCAGUAGUACUGCUAGGUUUUACACAGUAAUAAUAUAUAUCCGCCUCACUCUCAGAGAAAUCAGUAGUACUGCUAGGUUUUACACAGUAAUAAUAUAUAUCCGCCUCACUCUCAGAGAAAUCAGUAGUACUGCUAGGUUUUACACAGUAAUAAUAUAUAUCCGCCUCACUCUCAGAGAAAUCAGUAGUACUGCUAGGUUUUACACAGUAAUAAUAUAUAUCCGCCUCACUCUCAGAGAAAUCAGUAGUACUGCUAGGUUUUACACAGUAAUAAUAUAUAUCCGCCUCACUCUCAGAGAAAUCAGUAGUACUGCUAGGUUUUACACAGUAAUAAUAUAUAUCCGCCUCACUCUCAGAGAAAUCAGUAGUACUGCUAGGUUUUACACAGUAAUAAUAUAUAUCCGCCUCACUCUCAGAGAAAUCAGUAGUACUGCUAGGUUUUACACAGUAAUAAUAUAUAUCCGCCUCACGCUCAGAGAAAUCAGUAGUACUGCUAGGUUUUACACAGUAAUAAUAUAUAUCCGCCUCACUCUCAGAGAAAUCAGUAGUACUGCUAGGUUUUACACAGUAAUAAUAUAUAUCCGCCUCACUCUCAGAGAAAUCAGUAGUACUGCUAGGUUUUACACAGUAAUAAUAUAUAUCCGCCUCACUCUCAGAGAAAUCAGUAGUACUGCUAGGUUUUACACAGUAAUAAUAUAUAUCCGCCUCACGCUCAGAGAAAUCAGUAGUACUGCUAGGUUUUACACAGUAAUAAUAUAUAUCCGCCUCACUCUCAGAGAAAUCAGUAGUACUGCUAGGUUUUACACAGUAAUAAUAUAUAUCCGCCUCACUCUCAGAGAAAUCAGUAGUACUGCUAGGUUUUACACAGUAAUAAUAUAUAUCCGCCUCACUCUCAGAGAAAUCAGUAGUACUGCUAGGUUUUACACAGUAAUAAUAUAUAUCCGCCUCACUCUCAGAGAAAUCAGUAGUACUGCUAGGUUUUACACAGUAAUAAUAUAUAUCCGCCUCACUCUCAGAGAAAUCAGUAGUACUGCUAGGUUUUACACAGUAAUAAUAUAUAUCCGCCUCACUCUCAGAGAAAUCAGUAGUACUGCUAGGUUUUACGCAGUCAAAUGA